UCAUAAUUUAUAAAAAUAAUGUAAAUCAUACAUAUGAUCCAAGUUCACACAUGUACAAACUCAGACUAUAAACCACAGCACAUUUGCACAACACGAUGUCAGAAUUUCCAUUCCAAAUUACAAUCAACAUAAUGUGAUCAGAACUCAUUUACUAAUUCAAAAUUAACAAGUUCAAGCACCACAUAAGAAAAUGUUACGUCAACUGAGUAAAUUUGUAACUACCGGGUCAUCAACCAGGCCCAUUAAAUUGCUACAAUUCAGAGAAGUAACAAGGAACUGUAGAGGGAGGUACCUGACCGGCCAUUUUCCUAAAUUCGCAAACCAUUUAUCCAUUCAAAAAAGGCCUUUCUUAACUAUUACAACAGAUUUCACAAACACACCGUUCGGGCUUUAUUUUAAGGCACUUGAAAAGGUUCCAUUCUUAAAGCAGUUCUUCAGAAAGAAAAAGAAAAAUUUAAAAAAACUCAAUGACCAAGGGGAGAGUGAAAGAAAGGGCAAGAAAAGGAAACCGAGAAGAAAGAAAAAAUGUUUGUCAAAACAAAAAACGGAAGGUAAAGCUUCUGACAAGUCUAAAGUCGAUGGUGUGAAAAAAGAAAUUUGCCCAGAUAUGAAGAAAAAAGAAGCCAAAUCUAAGGCUCCUAAAGAGAGCAAGAAAGGUAAAGUGGAAAAGGAACAAGUAGUAUCCAAAACUAAGGACAAAAUUAUUAAAGAUAAACCGGUAGCCAAGGCAGAUAAACCGGUAGCCAAGGCAGAUAAACCGGUAACCAAGGCAGAUAAGCCGAGUAAGAAAGCAGAAGGCGUAAAAGUUACUACUCCCUUGAAAAAAGAGUGUAAUAAACAAGAAAUGGAAGAAGCCGAUAAAAAGAGAGCUUUAGAAAGUGCUGCCAAGAUAAAGGAAAGUCUUAAUAGGCAAAUAAAACAGUUAGAAGAAAUUUGCAAAAAGAAGGCUGAACAAAUCAAAGGUGCUGAAACUGUUGCUAAAGAACAAUGUACUGACCCAUUCAAGGAAUUGAAAGAAAUUGAAAAAAGCUUCAAAAGGAAACAGGAUCUAGAGAAACAGUUACAACAGAUGGAAGAGGCCUGUAAAAAAAAUGAUAGCCAGCCUUGCAAGAAAAUGGUUGAUGGUGAUAAUGAAUUAAAUCCUUGUAAGAAAAAAGACUUUGACCCAUGCAAAGGAAUGGAAAAAAUUAAAAAGGAAGUGAAAAAUUCAGAGGAAGCAUGCCGACAAAUGGAUGAACUUGAAGACGAAUUGAGAAUGGCCGAAGAGGCAUGCAAGAAAAAGGAAGCUUUAGCUCGGCAACUGAAACAAGUGGAAGAGAGUUGUGAUAAGUUGGAAGAUGUUGCUAAAAAAUUAAAAGCCAUGGAAGAAACUUGCAACAAUAAGGGUGAACUUGAAAAGAAAUUGCAAGAGAGUGAAAAUGCUUGUAAGAAAAAGGAGAAACUUAUGCAAGAAUUAAAAGACCUAGAAGAAAUGGAGUCUUACAAAUUGAGGAAUGACACCCCUUGUAAUAAGGAUCCCUGUAGCAAAUUGAAAGAAUUGGAAGAAACUAACAAGAUUAAAGAGUGCCUCAAUAAGCAAAUUAAAGAUUUAGAAGGAAUUUGUAUCAAAAAGGAUUGCUUGCGUAAAAGAGUGAAAGAAGCCGAGGAAGCAUGCAAUAAAAAGUGUGCUCUUAAAGAACAGCAUAAACGAAUGGAAGAUGAUUGCAGCAAACAGUGCGACCUUAAUAAUCAAUUAAAACAAGAGGAAGCGAUUUGCAAAAAAAAGUGUGGUCUUUAUAAACAACAAAAGCAACUAGAAGAACUUUGCAGCCAAAAAGAAUAUCUUUAUAAUCAACAGAAGAAGUUAAAAGCGGCAUGUAAGAAACAAAGGAUGGUUGAACAGCUGGAAAUGGAGAUAAAGGAAUUAGAACAAGCUUGUAAAAAAAGGAGAGAAUUGAUAGAAUAUUGUAAAAAAAAGAAAGAGAUUGAAGAAGCGUGUAAAGAAAAAAAGAUGGAAGAAAUUGCUAGGAAAAGAAAGCAAAUAAGAGAAAUGGAAGCAACAUGUUUGAGAAAACAGAGUCUUUGCAAAGAAUUAAAAGAAUCAGAAAAUGCUUGCAAGAAAAAGGAGGAGCUUGAAAAGCAGUUGAAAGAGCUUGAUGAAAGUGAUGCUUACAAUAAAAAAUAUGAUGACCCUUGCAAACAACUGAAAGAGAUGAAAGAAACUCAAAAGAAAAAAGAAUGCUUACAAAGUCAGUUAAAAGAUAUUGAAAAAGAGUGUGACAAAAAGAGAUGUAUUAAAAGAGAAAUUGAAGAAGUGGAAGAAGUUAUAAAGAAAAAGGAAAAAUUAGAGAAGCAAUUGAAGUAUGAUGAUCGAUGUGAUAAAAGUGAUGAUCCAUGUAAAACAUUGCAAGAUCCCUGUAAGAAUCUGGAUGAUCCCUGUAGGAAACUGGAAGAUCCCUGUAAGAAAAUGGAUGACCCAUGUAAGAAACUGAAGGAGCUCCGUAGAAAAUUGGAUGAUCCCUGCAUGAAAAAAGAUACUGACCCGGGUUCUAAGAGCUAUGAAAGCCCUUGUCAAAAAAUGAACAAUCCCUGCAUGAAAAAAGAAAAGGACCCUGGUAGUAAAACUGAUAAACCUAGUAAGAAAAUGGAUGAUCCAUGCACAAAAAAAAGUGAUCCUUCUACCAAAAACAAUGAGCCUUGUAAGAAAAUGGACGAUCCUUGCACAAAAAAAAGUGAUCCUUGUACCAAAAAUGAUGAUAAACCUUGUAAGAAACAGGAUGAUCCCUGCAAGAAAAAAAGUAGCGAUCCUUCUAGUAAAACUGAUGACAAACCUUGUAAGAAAAUGGAUGAUCCAUGUACAAAAAAAAGUGAUCCUUCUACCAAAACCAAUGAGCCUUGUAAGAAAAAUGACGAUCCUUGCACAAAAAAAAGUGAUCCUUGUACCAAAAAUGAUGAUAAACCUUGUAAGAAACAGGAUGAUCCCUGCAAGAAAAAAAGUAGCGAUCCUUCUAGUAAAACUGAUGACAAACCUUGUAAGAAAAUUGAUCCAAGCUUGAAAAAAAGUGAACCUUGUGGUAAAAAGGAUGAUAAACCUUCUAAGAAACAGGAAGACCCUAGCAAAAAAGAAAUAAAAGGAAUGAUGUUUGAAUGCCCAGGAGGAAAGAGCAAAGAUAUAUGCAGUAAAAAACCUGAAUCAGGAAACAAAAUAAAUAUAAAAAAAUAUGAUAAACAGGAUCCAUGUGAUAAAAUGAAUAAAAGAAAAGAAGCUUUGAAAAAAAAGCAACCAGAUGGUCAGCCAAAGGCAGGAAAUGAUAAACCAAAGAAAUCUAUCAAAGGUUUUUUCAGUAAAUUGAGUAGCAAGAAAGACUUAUUCAGUAGCAAAAUAAUAAAUGAAAUUUCUCAAAAUUUUAUUGUCACUUCAUGUAAGGAGAGUAAGAUCACACAAGAGGAAAGUGCUUCAUCAUACAAAGAAUUGAACAUUAAUUCAUUGUCGUCUUUAUUUUCCAUAUGUAGCAAUCACAAUCUUGCACACUUCAUCAAUAACUGUCCUGGUUUUAUUUUCGGUAAUAGAUUAUUAGUGACUGUAAGUGGAUUUGUAAGCUCAUGUAUCAAUGAAAAUGUCAAAACCGUAAAUAAGCUCCUGUUCGCCCAACAAAGUGAUGAUAGUGAUCCUUUCUGCCCUAAUAGUAUUUCCAAAGAGGAUUUAGAGGAACCGUGCCCACCUAGUCUAGAAGAACUUCCAUGCCCUUCCUCGAAGCCACCUGCUUGUGAAGAAAACAAAGAAGAGAUUGAAUCUGAAAUAGACAAGAGUUGGCCAUAUGAAAGAUUCCCUUGGAAUAAAGAACCACCAUGUAUGCAAGAACGACGCGGUGUUGGAAAACUCGAUGAUCCUUACGCCAACAACAAGCUGUUUGGCAGGAUCAGAAUGGUAGGGGUACAAUCUUUGACUAGCAGAUUGGGAAGUGUGAUUAUGGAAGACACCUACAGUGAAGCUGAAUGGAAAAAAGAUUCUCUUUUCGAAAAGGUUCUUUCUACAUUUGAGCCAUCUCUUGACCACCAACUACUGAACGGCCAACUGGCUUGGAUCACAGGUUCAAAUACUGUUUAUAACAAAGAUAACAAUGAUACUUUAUGUCCUGAAAUCAAAUGUGAAGACAAAGAAGAGCCUUGCCCUCCAGAACACCCUUCUUUACCCUGUCCAAAACAAAAAGAACCUUUAUGUCAAGACGAAGAGGAUUAUUGGUCUGAUAUCGACCAGAACUGGCCAUAUGAAAAAUUUCCAUGGAAAAGAGAGUCUCCAUGCAGGCACAGUUCACGCGGUGUAGCUAAACUAGAUGACCCAUUCAGCAAUAACAUGAUGUAAAAAAAUGUGAUCUAGAAAGAUUUUUUAAAGAUAAUUUAAUUAGCACGUUUCACAUUUGUGUCUUAAAUGGUUGUGGUGCAAAUUCAUUAAACAAACAAUAAAAUAUGUGCGGUAUCA